GUUUUCGUGUUGCACAAUAACAAGGAGAGUGAAGCUGGAAACUUUCGCCGCCCAAAAUGUGUUGGGGCUCAGUUUCGAAGUGGAGAAACCUCUAGUUGCUCCUGAGUCAUGAGUGGCUCCAAGCCGGACAUUCUGUGGUCCCCGCACCACCCGGACCGCUAUGUCAUCUGUGACUCAGAGCUGGGUCUGUACCGCAUCGGACCAGCGGGGAGCUCCGAGCUCAAGGCUGGUACUCUCCCUCUCUCGGAUGAAACGGCUGCUACCUUGCUGGCCAUUAACUCUGACACCCCCUACAUGAAAUGCGUGGCCUGGUACCCCAAGCAGGAGCCUGAAUGCUUGCUCGCAGUGGGCCAAGCCAACGGCAGGGUGGUCCUCACCAGCCUGGGUCAGAGCCACAACUCUGCCUGCAAAGAGCUGGUGGGGAAGGAGUUUGUUCCCAAGCACGCCCGCCAGUGCAACACUCUUGCUUGGAACCCGGUGGACAGCAACCUCCUGGCAGCUGGCUUGGACAAACACAGGGCGGACUUCUCCGUCCUCAUCUGGGACAUAAGCAGCAAGUUCUCCUCAGAAGCCAGCGUCGUGGGCGAGAAGAUCCGUCUCUCCUCCGUGGAUUUGGACUUGAGCUCUGUCGUGACGAAGCCACUGUACGACCUGGGCCAAAACGACGCUUGCCUGUCGCUCUGCUGGCUCCUGCGUGACCCCAAGCUCCUGUUGGCCGGCAUGCACCGCAACCUGGCCAUUUUUGACCUGAGGAACACCAGCCAGAAGACCUUUGUCAACACCAAAGCCGUCCAGGGGGCCACGGUCGACCCCCAUUUCCCAGAUCGCGUGGCCUCCUUCUUUGAGGGCCAGGUGGCUAUUUGGGAUCUGAGGAAGUUUGAGAAGCCUGUGCUCACCCUGACCGAGCAGCCAAAGCCUCUGACCAAGGUGGCGUGGUGUCCAACUCGCACGGGCCUGCUGGCCACGCUGACCCGCGACAGCAACAUUAUCCGCCUUUACGACAUGCAGCACACCCCCACGCCUAUCGGGGACGAGACGGAGCCCACCAUCAUCGAGCGCAGCGUGCAGCCCUGCGACAACCAGAUUGGCAGCUUCGCCUGGCACCCGUCCUCCCAGAACCGCAUGGUGGUGGUGUCCGCGGCCAACCGCGCCAUGACCGACUUCACGGUGUUCGAGCGCAUCUCGCUGGCGUGGAGCUCCACCACCUCGCUGCGAUGGGCGUGCGGCCGGCACCUGUACGACUGCGUGGAGGACGAAGCGGAGGGCUUAGAGAGCGUCUUGGAGAAGGACAUCGCCACCAAGAUGAGGCAGAGGGCUCAGUCCAGGUACGGACACGAUACCGUCCAAGUGUGGAGGAACCACCUGCUGGCUGGAGGCAACGAUUCGCAGCUCAAGUCCUUGUGGUUUGACCUCUUCUAUAUGAAGCAGUGUGCCGAGGACGUGGAGUUGAAACUGCAGGGCAACAAGCAGGCCCUUGUCUAUUCCGGUAUCAAGAACAUUGUCAAGAACAGCUCGGGCACCACGGAGAGCCGUAAAUGCUGGAGCGGCUCGGACUGCCAGACCGACGUGACCCGGUACCACAGCGAGGAGCGCAGCGUCGCCUUGCGACUCUGCGGCUGGAUCAGCCGGGGGCCCGACAUUGACGUGGAGCCCUUCCUGCGCUCGCUCGAGCAGGAGCGCGAGUGGGAGCGGGCCGCCGCCGUGGCUCUCUUCAACCUGGACAUCCGCCGAGCCAUUCAGAUCCUCAACAAGGGAGCCAUGGCUGAGAAGGGUGACUUGAACCUCAACGUGGUCGCCAUGGCGCUGUCCGGCUACACGGAUGAGAAGACCUCGCUAUGGCGAGAGAUGUGCAGCUCCCUGAGGCUGCAGCUCAACAACCCCUACCUCUGUGUCAUGUUCGCCUUCCUCACCAGCGAGCAUGGAGCCUACGACGGCGUGCUGUAUGAGAGCAGCGUGGCGGUGCGUGACCGCGCUGCCUUCGCCUCCAUGUUCCUCAGCGACGCUCAGCUUCCUCGCUAUGUUGACAAGCUGACCAGUGAGAUGAAGGAGGCGGGAAACCUGGAGGGUAUCCUGCUGACGGGGCUGACCAAGGACGGCGUGGACCUCAUGGAGAGUUACGUGGACCGAACGGGAGAUGUCCAGACUGCUAGCUUCUGCAUGCUCAAGAGUUCCCCAGGCGAGGUACUGAAGGACCCUAGAGUCCAGUGCUGGAUCGAGAACUACCGUAACCUUCUGGACGCGUGGAGGUUCUGGCACAAGCGGGCCGAGUUCGACAUCCAUCGAGGCAAACUGGACCCCAGCUCCAAACCCCUUGCCCAGGUGUUUGUGAGCUGCAACUUCUGCGGCAAGUCCAUCUCGUACAGCUGCUCGGCCAUGCCUCACCAGGGCCGCGGCUUCAGCCAGUAUGGCGUCAGCGGCUCGCCCACCAAGUCAAAGGUCACCAGUUGCCCCGGCUGCAGAAAGCCGCUGCCACGCUGCGCUCUGUGCCUCAUGAACAUGGGGACGCCUGUGUCCAACUGUCCAGGAACGGGGAAGUCGGACGAGAAGGUCGACUUGACAAGAGAGAACAAACUAGCUCAGUUUAACAACUGGUUCACCUGGUGUCAUAACUGUCGCCACGGUGGCCAUGCAGGUCACAUGCUCAGCUGGUUCAGAGACCACACAGAGUGCCCCGUGUCGGCGUGCACGUGCAAAUGCAUGCAGCUGGACACCACAGGGAACCUGGCACCCUCGGACAGCAGCUAAACACGACAGAACCUCCAGGAAGCCUGAGACGACGGGCGGUGCCGCGACCUCCCCUCAAGUGGGCCGCCUUUUGUUACUGUCUAGUUCUUGUCACGCUACGACACGAGUCCGGUAUCAAGAAGGGAAAGAGCGCGACUGAAUCGCUGGGAGAAAACCCAACAAAAUCCCUCUCAGGGGUUUUAGCUCUAGUCUAACCUCAAUCAGGCUUUUUGGUUUUUAUCGUCGUCAAUAAGCAAUAAUCGCCACUCAUACUUUUGAGUAGUUAAAAUGUGAUUAUAGGUGCCAAACACAUCAGAGCUGCUCUUUUUUUCUUAACAUUCUAUUUAAUUAACUGUUUUUUUUGUUGUUGUUGAAAAGAUCGUCAUACCUCACAAAAACAUAGCUUGGGCUGAAGGACGGUACCCAGGGUGACGGGGAGGGAAUAGCGUACUUUUACAACUACUGCCUGGCUCUCUUCAUGUUCCUUCUCUUUAUCUGCCAUUUUGAAGGGGUAGGGGUAGAAACGGAGGGGACAGGGAGGGUGCGCCUGCAUUAAGCGGCCCACUCCAGGCCUGUGGUCCAUGAAAAGAAGCUCCCCAGAAAACAGCAGCUGCUCGGCACUCUUGACAAGACCAUCCAAAUUGCCCCCCGCCCCCUUGCACCCAUACAGAAGCUCAGCUGCCGGAACACUAUUGACUCAAACAACGGGCGAGAGUACAGACAGAGGCUCCCUCCGACAUACACCACCCUGCCCUCUCUCUCUUUCAGUCCCCCCCCCAACACUAUGCAUACCAAUCCUCGAGCCAAGGACGGGCACCGUCUGCUCGCGGGGAGGACUUAGCCGUAUUGUAAAUGUUUUUCCUUUCUUUCUCUGUCACCAACCCAAGAAGGCAUUGUCAGAGCUAAAUCACUUAGUCAUGGAGGAGGUGUUUGGGCCACGAGCUACUGUACGGCUCUUUCACGGCCCUGCAUGGCCUUUAGUCUACUGUUACGGAGUACGGGCUGACAAAUUGGCAAAUUGUGUAGUGCCCCCGGAAAAAAAAAGGGAAAUUCACCCUUUUGUUUUUGAUUCUUUAUGCCUUUUGAACAAAUUCAGACAAAUGGAAUUGUGACCCCCCCCCC